UCCAAGCGCUCGCGCGUCUGCACAAAGUCUGCACACGGUCCCGGCUGGGGUGGGGCACGCAGGAGCUCGUGCACAUCGCUGGAGGUUCUAUUCUUCUCGAGCCAUUCGACGUGGGAUCGCUCAUUGUCACGACGGGAUCCAAUAUGUGGAGCCUGUCGGUCAUCGUUCUAUGCUGCGUCUGCGUGGCUGCAACUGCUCAAAGCAGCCUCUACCCGUCUCUGGAAGGCGUGACCGAGGCGACCCCUGCGCCGGGACUGUACGCCGCCGUGGUCAACUACCUGUUCGACCAGGUGCUCAAGGCCAUCAGCCAGUCAGGCGCCAUCGACCCGCUGACGGUGCCCAACACCACGCGGAGCUUCGAGACCAAGUUCAUCGUCAAGGUGCAGGCCGAGGCGGGACUCUACUCGGGACGCCUCACCGGCCUAUCCACCAUGCACAGGACCGGCGACUGUCACGUGAAGGUGGGCAGCGGCGGCGUCGAGAUGCGCGUGGACCUUGGCGCCGGGCCCGUUCGCGCCACCUACCGGGGAGCGAUUAAGGUCAUGGCGUUCAGCCAGGACGUCACCAUCGAGUGCGACGUCAACAACAUGCAGAUCAUCGUCGAAGCCAUACAGGCGCCCAACGCCAAGCCCGAGCUGAAGCGGUUCUCGGUGCAAAAGCUGCAAGGGGUGCGCGUCGCGAUCCAGGGCCUCGGGGCGCUGAGCGGCGUGGCCAACGCGCUCUCCGUGGUGCUCACCAGCGUCUUCGAGGAGGAGAUCCGGCGCGCCGUCGAGGACAGCGUGCGGAAACUCUUCUCCGAGAAGCUGGCCGAAUUGGGGGGCACCAUACCCGCCGCACUCGUCGCACUCGGAUAACCAUCCCCUUUCUGGUGACGCUGCACACGGGCGCUGGCGACGUUUAAAAAACUGCGCGCGGCGCGUAUAGCGGUGACACGCUGAAUACUCAUCGAAAAGCCGUUCAAAUCUUUUGUAUAAGCGAACCCGAUAUAAGUCAAACGAAGCCUACCGUUCCUGGAGUGGUUUAGGGUGACAGCGCAGAUCACACUGCGCACCUGGAAUAAAACACGUGCUUCCAUCCGCUGCA